AUGGUCCUUUACGCCAAAGCAAAUGGCGACAAGGGGGCCUUUUCCCCAUUCCAAUUGGCGACAUGGCGCAGACGUGAUGGGAAGCAUGCAUGCCUAUAUAAACAGGAGGAGACAAAACCAUCAGCAGAGUACAUGUAUUGGUAUAGGUCGCUUCCAUUCAUAUAUGCAUCGUACAGACACUUUCUCACUGACCCGCGUUCAAUUCCAAAUUCAACAAACCAUCCAAGUGAGUCUCAACAACAACGACAACAACCUCAACCCAAACUAUUUCAACAACAACAUCAACCCCAACUAUUUCAACAACAACCUCAACACCAAACGUUCCAACAACAACCUCAACCCCAACCUUUCCAACAACAACAUCAACCCUUCCAACAACACCGUGUUAACCCCAAUUAUUCCCAACAACAUACUCUCAACCCUUACAUUGACCCACAAUACUCUUCCUACACCCAAUACACCCCAUCUCACUCUCAAACAAAUUAUAACUACCAAACCCAAUUCCAACAGACCUAUAUUCGUCCACCCAUGCAAUUCACACCUAUCCCGCAUCCAAACUUUGAUUCCCCUUACAUCCAACAAAACCCUUCAACCUCAUACACUGAACCACCCACCACUUCUUACAUCCCAACCGUGACCCACCAUGACCCGCCGCACACACAAUCCACCCCAAACUUAAACUUGGAUCUUAAUGUCAGUGAUUAUGUCAGUAAUUAUGAAAUGUUAAGUCAAAUUUGGUCUCCUCCUCCACCUCUAACACAAGAAAUACAAGACGACCCUGCUCCAACUGAAGAAGAACAACAAUAUGGUCGUGGUCAUCCUCGUGUGCGAAGAGCACCUGCCUGUGGUACCGAUGGUCAUUUGUUUCACUGA